CAUGUUGCUUAGAAACAGCGACUCUCACUAACUCGUUCACUAUACCCUAAAUAAAAGACAAAAAUCCCAGUAAACAAAGUAAAACCAAUAACCUUUUUUUCUUUUUGGAAAAAACACCCCUAAAUUCAAGUCUCUUGUUUUCCUUUGGUUUCCAUUUCCAGCCCCUGAUCUUAUCGAAACCCCAAAUCACCGCCUGUUAUGGUGGCCUGAGCUCCGCCAUUGCUGCUAUAAAAAGGUUCAAGUUUGAAUUUUUGUUGCUUAUUUCUAUGUCUACACUCGCUGGAAUUAUUUAUUUGGUUGAAAGUGACGCACCCUUUACGUGUUUCUCUCUCUUUCUUUCUCCCCAUAUUGCUUGAAGUUGAGAGAAGAUUAAAGACCAUAGCUUUCACUUCAAGCACUGCAUAGACCAAAUGGGUUUUCAUUUCUAAAAUUUGAUUCACCAUACCAAUUCGUAUCAGAUCUUCAACGUUACCGUUUGAUCAAAUAAAAAGCUCUGAUGUCGGUUUUGGAAAAACCAUCGUCAAGUUCAUCUUCACUGUCUGUUCCAGUUAGAGAGCUUGAUCCGUUGUUAAAGGAUUUGAAUGAGAAGAAGCAGAGUUUUAGGAGGAACGUGGUCUCUUUAGCUGCAGAGUUAAAGGAAGUUCGUAGCCGCCUUGCAUCUCAAGAGCAAUCAUUUGUAAAAGAGACUCUAACAAGACAGGAAGCAGAGAACAAGGCUAAAACCAUGGAAGAAGAGAUUUGUAUAUUGCAGAGGAGAUUGGAGGAGAGGAAUGGCCAGCUGCAGACUUCCGCUUCUACUGCUGAGAAGUACCUCGACGAGUUGGAUGGUCUUAGAUCACAGCUUGCAGCCACUCAAGCAACUGCAGAUGCAAGUGCUGCUUCAGCUCAAUCAGCCCAGCUUCAGUGUUUAGCACUACUAAAGGAAUUAGAUAUGAAGAAUAGUUCGUUAAAAGAGCAUGAGGAUCGUGUGACUAGGCUAGGAGAGCAGUUAGACAAUUUACAGAAGGAUCUUCAGGCAAGGGAAUCCUCCCAAAGGCAACUGAAAGAUGAUGUUCUUAGAAUUGAGCAAGACAUUAUGGAAGCUAUUGCAAAGGCUGGAACUGGAAAAGAUUGUGAACUAAGGAAAUUAUUAGAUGAGGUUUCGCCAAAAAAUUUUGAGAAGAUCAAUAGACUUUUGGUUGUUAAAGAUGAAGAAAUAGCCAAAUUGAAAGAUGAAAUAAGAAUUAUGUCUGCCCAUUGGAAGCUCAAAACUAAGGACUUAGAAACACAGUUAGAAAAGCAGCGGCGAGCUGAUCAGGAGCUGAAAAAGAGGGUGUUGAAGUUAGAAUUCUGUCUUCAGGAAGCUCGUUCUCAGACAAGAAAGCUCCAAAGGAUGGGAGAGCGGAGGGACAAAGCUCUAAAAGAACUCAGAGAACAGUUAGCAGCAAAGCAACAGUCUCUACCUGUGGGUAAUAGUGAAAAGCAAAAUUUCUGGGAAACUUCUAGCUUCAAGAUUGUAGUUUCCGUGUCAAUGUUGAUCUUGGUCGUAGUUUCCAAGCAAUAAUAAGAAAAUGAUGUUAUACAGUUGUGUAUAAAGUUUAUGAUACCUUGAGUUUAGGAGAGCUGUAGAAGCCAACUUGCUCUUUAGAAAUGGUCAAAAUAGAUGCCCUCUUUAAUAUGUAGCCAUUUUCAAGAAGUGCAUUUUUCUUUUUCUUUUUUUCUGUUAUCACUAGAAAGCACAACUGUUUUGAACAUAUGCUGGCAUUUUGGCAACCAGAACCAGAAUGUUGUAGGUAUCGGCACAAAAAUUCCGGAAUGUAGGAUAUUAAAUAUAAGUUCUUUAAUGUUGAGUUAAUGGCAUUGUACAAUAUUUCUAGUUUU